CGCUUGACGUGUAAGUCUGAUCAAUAAAUUCUAGGGGAAGAGCCCAGGUCCGCAACGUUCAUCGAUAUCCACUUCGGAGUCCACAGUUCUGGACCUCGUCAAGAUUCUUCAUUUUCAUCGUCUUCCUAAUCUACUACUGAAUUCAAGAGUACCUAAAGCCUCUGCAAUUCAGUCCCUUAAAUUUCAUAACCAUCUGAAUCUUUUAGCUUCAUUUCUAACUGGGGUUUUGUUUUUCCCAAUCAAAUCAAGUGGGUCCGCUUAUGAGACUCUGGAAGCCAUGAAUUUUAGAAGCUUGGAAGAUUUCUGGGCUUUCUACAUGAACCAACAUUCGAAGCCAUCCACAAGGCGUUGGCACUUUGUGGGCACACUCUUCAGUAUCAUCUUCUUUCUCUGCUCUAUUUUAUUUAGCUGGUGGUUCCUAGUUUUUGUACCUCUCUCUGGGUAUGGAUGUGCUUGGUACAGUCAUUUCUUCGUCGAAGGGAAUGUUCCGGCGACUUUUGGACAUCCAUUUUGGUCACUUCUUUGUGAUUUCAAGAUGUUUGGGUUAAUGCUUACAGGUGGAAUGGAUAGAGAGAUCAAAAGACUUGGGAAAAGACCUGUUCUGCAAGUGUUCUGAUUUCCAUGUUUGUGAAUUAAUGACUUGAGAUGUCAAGACCAAAACCAGUAUGAGAAAGAUGGAAGUUCAAAUGCAUGUUACAGUGUUUGAAUGGGGAAGACAAGUGCUUCGUGGUUGGCCAUCAAUCUUUUCAAAAUCAAAAUCAUUCUGAGUGUCAAGCCUACUAGACAACAAUCAAGUUGACUUCACAUAUGUGGGAGACUGUAAUUAUUUUUAGUGAUAUCAUGGUAUUCUAUAGUUUUUAUGUCCAUUGAAACGUUAGUUGCUACUUGCUAGCCAUUGUUGAGUCCUUAGUCAAUAAAUACUUUACUCUGUACUGAUCUGAGAUUCUCAGCAAUACUUUUCCUGUCUAA